UUCACACUUCUUAUGGAACACUCGCCUUAUACCUUUAUUAGAGAGAUGCUCAGCUUGCAGCCCUCCAGCUGCUGGUGGACUACAACUCCCAGCAUGCCAGCAAGCCCAGAGGGAGAAGAGUUGUAGUUUAGCAGUAGCUGAAGGACUACAAUGUAAACAUCAGUCCUUUAUAUCAUUUAUUUUUUAAUUUUUUUGCAUUCUAACCCACAUGUAGAAUUGCCUUGGAUCUUUUAACCUAAGAAGUUCUGCAGCAGAUUCUUUGUUUAGGGCAAACGAUCUCUCUGUGGUCCAGAAGAAAGGCUUUAGGGUCAGCCUGAAUCUCUCCUACCUUUUGUCCAGUUGAAUAUAUUUCAUUUUGCACUAGUCACUUUCUCACUGACAAAAGGGGUGUGGACAUGUUGAGGCAGAUUCAUCCUGCUUAUGUUCCCUUUGUGCAUUUAUUUAAGUUAUUUUACCCAUUUUCUCUUUGAAACCCCCAGGCAUCCCAUUGUCCUUUCAUUUAUUUUCAGCCAGUUAUUUUGUGACUUUAUUGCAGCUGCAAUUUUUUUUUUUUUUUAAUUUAUUCAUUUUCUCGCCAGAUCUUUUUUUUUUUUUUUUUCUUAGACUAAAUUUGUUAUAAUAGCAACUGUUUUGAUCUGACUUUUGUAUUCCUUAUUAAUUAUUAUUUGGACAAUACAAUUCAUUGUUUAAUAUUUUAUUUAAUUUUUUUUCCAGCAAAGUUUCGGGUGUCCUUUUACUUUUUGAGUAUACCUGCACAAGAUGCUGGUACUUUGUUUCAGUUAAUAUUCCUUCCCUAAAGCCAACUUUAUGCAGACAUUCUGGAUUUGAACCUUCCUGCCCCUCCUCCUGCUGCUUCACUUACCUCAUCCCCAUAGCAAUUGCUAAGGUUCCAUCACCUGUCAGUGGCCACAUUAGGUAUUACUUCUGUGCCUUCAUUUCUUUGUCCUCUGUGGCAUUUCUUACUUAUUUAACCAUAUCAUUUAUUUUCUAAUGCGUCCGUCAGUCUGUCUUUGUUAUAUGGCCUAUACAUGGUGUCUAUUUGACGUUUACAGCUUAGUCUUUGUCUUGUGAUUCCUAUAUAGCAAGUCUUGCUUGGCUAAACAAGUAAUGUUUAGAAUUAAUCCAUUUCCAUAGAUGUUUGGAGGCAUAAACCUAUAUUUUUUUGUUUUAGAUUAUCUAUUUUAUAUGCCUAAAUGGAAAGCACAAAACAAAAUGUGAAGACACAGAUGAACCUCCUGCCAUUGUAUUACUUUUUUAUUGUUUAAAGAUCUUGCAGUCAAAGUGCAUAAAUCCUUACCCAAAAUAAUUUUCCCCACUGCACGAAGAGAUAUGAAAUAAUAGUUCAGGCGUCAAACCAUUUGUAUAAUCAAAGUGGCUACUAAUAAUAUAUUGAUGGCAGAAUGAUGCAAUGGUACAGUGGUUGGUUUAGCCAGUAACAUAUUACUUUAGAAGCCCGGGGCAGAUUACUGUGUUGCUGAAGAGCUCUGUAGGAUGCAGGUGGGGGUGAGGAGUACACAGGCCUUGUUGAAUUUGGCACUAAGUCUAGCGGAACUGGAUGUUAGUCUCUAUAGACAAAGUAAGGCAAGAACCAAAACAUUUUUCCCUCCUCCGCUUUCAUUGUUUAACAAACUUUCAAGAAAUAUGGCUUAUUUAGAAUUGACUGAGUUUGGCACGUAGUUAGACCCAUAUUAUUUAAAAAAGACUAGAGCCAACCAAGUUUCAAAUCCUUUAGUGUGCUCAAAGAAAUGAUUAGUCAAGAGGUUCAUAGAUUUUUUUUUUUUUUUAUGCAAAUAAAUUGUACAUUUUGUUUUUCACUCCUUUCUUUAACUCAUAAUGUACCCCAAACCUUUGUCUCCGUUUCCUUUCCCUGAAUAAAACUGGUGCCAUUACAUCUUAGCAUUAAGGCACUAUUGCCAAUUUCUAAAUCAUCUUGCAAAAUAAUAGUCGAUCAAAUAUAGUUUUGGUAUCUGUGGUGCCUUUUGCUGCUUCUGUUCAUUGUCUGUUUUUGGCUACGUCAUCUUGGCAAAACCUUAACCCUGUCGCUGCCAGAGCGCUCUGCAAUGCAGUAAGGAUGUUGAAGCAUCUAAAAAGGGGUUAAUGCGCUUUAGGUUUUGGGGGCUCUGCCUAGCCUUAUAUUGCUGAGUACUGUGCACCUUGUUAGUUUUAGUAGCAUAUUUAUUCUUUUCGUUUGCAGUUUACCUCCGAUAUGCACAAUACCGUCAUGCCGAUUCCUGAAAUAUUAUGUUAUGUUAAUGCUCUUAAUGUAUUUUGAUUUUGUGUAUAUAAGCAAUGAAAUUAAUAGUCAAAUGUUUGAUGUAUAUGGGUUUGUAUCCAUGAUUUCACUUUGCCUCAGAAUAUUGCUAAGUUGGUUUUGUCCCCCAUCUUUUUUUAUUUUUCUUUGUAGUAAAAGUUUUUUAAGUUGGAAACAUAAUGUUCAAAUUUGCCGUGUAAAUCUCUGGAUAGCCAAAAGCAGAGCGGGCUUUGUAGGAAAGUCUGUAUAUCCUCUACAUUUUGUCCAGAAGGGGCAUCGUAACCUAUUUUGUGCCUUCUCUGCUGCAGAUGAGCUUUUUGUGUUAACUUUAAGAUUCUCUUAGCUUAAAUAACCAAUGAAUUUCACUGCUUGUUAUCUUGCAUUUAAUUAAACAUGUCUAUGCGAUGUUGUUAUUAUAUGUUUGUACUAAUUCCCUUUAAUUUUUUUUUACCCCCCCCCCCCCCAAAAUGUCAGGUAUUCUUGUUUUGUUGUAACUUUCAUUCUAAUAAUUUUCAUCCGUAUUUCUUGUUUUUAGAAGUGACCAGAUUUGCAAAACAGUUUUUUUGAUUUUUAUAAUAGGCUGGUCUAGGCAUGAUAUUUAGAUAUACAGCUACUGUGCAAAGUAAAGUUACUCUGGAAAGAACAAGCAACUAUUUAAGAUGUUCCUAUUGAAGUUUUGUUUUAAGAUCCAGCUCAGAUUCUAUAUACUGCCUACGCAGUCAGUCUGUAGAUUGUUCUUACCUUUGUGUCUUUCCUUUCCUCGACAUGCAAAUAAAACAUAGUCAAAUCUUUUAUAACAACUGCCCUUCUUGCAUGCAGUAUUUUCUUUUUAAAUGUAGAAAUCUGAAUUGUAUCAUGCCAAACCUUUUUUUUUUUUUUUCUUUUUUUUGCCGUCUCGCUUGCCCGGGAACUAAUUGGGCUCGAGAUUCUAUUUGGUGGAACUGAUUAGCUUUGGUAAAACUACCUGCUGCUCCCCCGCACAGCUACUUUCUGCAUCUGAACGUCAGGAACAUACGAUUCUUUUACCGAGCUCUGAUUGGCUAGAGCUCUGUCUCCAUUCAGAGAUUAGUUUUUGCCAACAGCGUCUGAUUUGGGAUUUAGUACAGAAAUCAGGUUGGAUGCACUUCCUCCUAAACCACCAAAAUCGAUGACUUCAUUGUCUACAGAAGGAAGCAAAGAGAACACAACUUCUCUUCAGGAUGCCGAAUGGUACUGGGGAGACAUCUCAAGGGAAGAGGUAAAUGAUAAACUUCGUGAUAUGCCAGAUGGUACCUUCCUGGUUCGUAAUGCAUCUACCAAGGUGCAAGGCGAUUAUACUUUGACACUGCGGAAAGGGGGCAAUAACAAACUGAUAAAGAUUUAUCAUCAGGAUGGCAAAUAUGGUUUUUCUGAUCCAUUGACUUUUAACUCUGUCGUGGAGUUGAUAAACCAUUAUAGACAUGAAUCCCUGGCACAAUACAAUCCUAAACUGGAUGUGAAGUUGUUCUAUCCAGUGUCAAGAUACCAACAGGAUCAGCUAGUCAAAGAAGAUAACAUUGAUGCUGUUGGUAGGAAACUUCAAGAAUACCAUGGUCAGUUUCAGGAUAAAAGCAAAGAAUAUGACAAAUUGUAUGAAGAAUAUACAAAAACAUCACAGGAAAUUCAGAUGAAGAGAACGGCAAUUGAAGCCUUUAACGAGACUAUUAAAAUAUUUGAAGAACAGUGCCAUACACAAGAACGCUAUAGUAAAGAAUACAUGGAGCGUUUCAAUAGGGAGGGCAAUGAAAAGGAAAUGGAAAGGAUAAUAAUGAAUUCUGAGAAAUUAAAAUCUCGUUUGGGUGAGAUUCAUGACAGUAAAUUACGCCUGGAACAAGACUUUAAGAAACAAGCUUUAGACAAUAGAGAAAUAGACAAAAAAAUGAACAGUAUCAAGCCUGAUCUUCUUCAGCUGCGUAAAAUGAGAGAUCAAUACCUUGUAUGGCUCAAUCACAAAGGAGUGAGGCAAAAGCGAAUAAAUGACUGGCUGGGAAUCAAGAAUGAAAAUAUUGAUGAUAUUUAUUUUGUUAGUGAGGAGGAAGAGAACCUUCCACAUUAUGAUGAGAAAACCUGGUUCGUUGGUGAUCUCAACCGUAUACAAGCAGAAGAAUUACUCAGUGGAAAGCCAGAUGGAGCCUUUCUAAUUCGAGAAAGUAGCAAGAAGGGAUGCUAUGCCUGUUCUGUUGUGAUUGAUGGUGAUGUGAAGCACUGUGUCAUCUACAGUACAUCAAGGGGGUAUGGAUUUGCAGAGCCAUACAAUCUCUACAGUACACUAAAAGAGUUAGUCCUUCAUUACCAGCAUACAUCCCUUGUACAACAUAAUGAUUCGCUUAAUGUCAGGCUUGCUUAUCCAGUCUACGCACAGAUGCCCUCCCUCUGCAGAUAAACCAAUGGAAGGGGUUAAAGGCUCCUAUUUUGGAAAUUUUCUAAUGUUUUUAAUAGAACUAAGAGGGCAUUCUUUCUACUUAGACUGCUUGUUUUGCACAAGAAGUGAAUUUCUGAAUGUGAAUCAAAGAAGCCUAACAGCAGCAAGAUGGCAACUUAAGUGUAGGUGUCCUGGUGCUACCCAUGAUCAGAUGUGCUCUUACACAGGUCAUUUGUCAUGGGAAACAGAACCUGACAACUGGAAGAGAAUUUCACCAGGCUCCUGCAGUGGAUCCUAAACAUUUUUCAAUGCCUGUUUCAUUCUUGUAGAAAUUUAAAUCUGCUUAUUUCGGCAUUGGUAGUAUGUCUCAGUCUUCACUUAUCGAGGAGUAUGUGGAUAAAGAAACGACACCACUAUAGCUAUCUCUUCAUUUACCAUUAUAAAUGAUAAAAUUCAGCUGAAUUUCCAGUCCAGAGUUGUUUACUCUGUGGAAAUGGUAUCAUGUUGUUUGGUAAAACAAAAAGAAGACCAAAGGAUUCUUGGCAAAAAUUCACUUUGAUUUCCUGAAAGGGGGAAAAAAAACUACAAAGUUGCUUUAUUUUUUUCCAACAGUUAACAAAGUUUUGGCUUCCAUAGCACUACAACUUGCCACAUGAGGAAACCUUCGAUGUUUUUAACCAAAUUGAACCCACCAAAACUUUGUUCGUUGCUGGACUAAGCACUUGUGGGAAAUUGCAUUGGCAUCUGCACAUAUUUCUACACCAAAACUUGAAAGAAAAAAAAAAAAAACUAAAAACUUGUAUUGUUCGAUAACGGCACUAAUCUUGUCAAUUGCCGUUUUAAAAAAAAAUCUAGUCCCUUUUUUUUUUUAUGUAUAAUUUUUUUCCUCUAAUGUUUCUUGACACAACUUUUCCGAAGUUAAAUAAAAUGGACACUUUGCUUUGGAAUGUAAACUGAAAAUGAGCUGGUGCUCCAUUGCUUGUGGGCUUCUUUCCACAAGGAGGAAAAAAAAAAUGUUAAAUUGUCAUUUUGUGUUAAAAUGUCAUAAAUGUUGGAUGAAAUGGUGCAAACCAAUGCUUCUAGAUGGCUUGUUUUACCAAAAAAAGGGGCAUUGUACGUAACAUUCAUAACAAUCUCACACGUUUAUGUUUGAAUUUAAUUCAUACAGCUCUUUAAUUUUUACAUACAUAAAGUUGCACAUUUCUCAUCUGAAUGGACCUCCACGUGUAGUAUUUACCUGUGUACUACCACAACUUUUUGGAAGGAUAGCUCUUCAGAUUUCGAAUAGCAAAUUUUAACAUGGGUAGCUCCCAUAAGACCCGCAAUCAAGCAAUCCUUAUUCCAUCAGUGGACUGCUUGCUUUGUGUGUGUAAAUAUUAUUAUGUAUGAAUUUACUUGCAUGUGUACGUGCAGAGUUUAAUUGAUGUUUCAGCAAAACCGUACUUGUGUGUGUGUGUAUAUGCGGGGCCUAAUUUGAAAUUUCAGGGAAACAUUUGAUGUUUCUGGAUCGUUACCUUUUUGUCAAUAUGGCUAUCUUCUAUUAUAGAGCUCAAAGUCUUGGGUUGUAAUGGAUUUCAUAAAUAUCCAUUGUGCAUUGUAGGUUAUCCAGUAGGUUUUUGACUAUGCUUGCUGAUGAAACUCUCUGUAUAUAGCCUGAGUUAAAUGUAGUAGAAGUAUUACCUGGAGAUUUGAACUGUUCUCUGUGAAAUGUCCUUUUUGCAAAGAAACCAGCAAUUUUGACAAUAGUACAUCAGCCUUAUAACAAUGAUCAUCUCCAAACUUACCUCUGUGCUGCGGCAUCCACUGACAGUCUAUGAUCCAGAUUUCCUCCAACUCAUGCUCCUUGCACUCAGGACUGCCAUUGAUGCUCACUAUACAAAAGUUAGAGCAAGCAGCACACGCUGAAAUGCUUCUUGGCAUAGUUGACGGCUAAAUGCUUUUAACCACAUAGACCUACAGGAAACAAAUUUAGGAGGACAAAAUCUUUACUGUUAAUAGACUGUUGUUCCGCAGGGUUUGUAAGACAACCCUGUAAUUGAGGUACAUUACUUAGGGCAUUGUUUCUUUCUCUGUUUUCAGUUACCCUUUAAGCCAUUAGGUGUCUUCGCAAAAAAAAUAAUUAUAUAUAUAUAUAUAUAUAUAUAUAUAUAUAUAUAUAUAUAUAUAUAUAUAUAUAUAUAUAUACAUAUACACAUAUAUAGUAGCACAUAACAUCACAAUGUAACUGUACACACACACACUUGGCUCACCCCAUAAUAGACACACUAAACAGUGGUUGAAAUCUCUGGUCCAAGAAAUCCCUUUUAUAAAAGGCAGCUAACUUUUUUUUAUUUUAUUUUUUCUAUUGUCCCCCCUCUUAUUUAAACUACUCUGAUUUUGCUGUUUAAAGAACUUUUUCUUUUUUUAUCUGGUGGGCCACAUUUGCCAUAUGAUGUUUUUGGGUUAUUGUUGCAGAUUUGUGUAUUAACCUUAUCAAAAAAGAGAAACCAACCAUGUAAAAGCCAUCUAGAAGCAUUCAUCUUUGUUAAUGUGUCAUUGUUUUAAUGUGUUGAAGCUCCAUGUGUAAAUUAGGCUAGCUUUUCCUAAGUGCUCCUGUUGUGCAUUGUAUCUUCUCUUUUAGUGUUGCACUUGGUUUUGGCUUCUAAAGCUUCCAACAGUCCAUUUUGUACCCAUUUUAUACACAUGAAAGCCGUUGCACAUGUACUUUUCACAGUUUCUUGCACUCAUUCGGCACUUGGUACAAAAUGGGUAUAAGGCUUACCGUGUAUAGUAUAACCAAGCGUAAAUGCACUACAGGCUUGCCGGCAGUUAAACCAGCAUGAAUUGCCGGAAGUAGAACCUGAGGGACUAUGGGCUUUGUAUGAAUGAGGAAAAGGUUUGCACUGAAGAAAGGAAAGGGGUGGUUUUUGUUUUCUUUACUUUUGCAUUUCGGAACAGUUAUGGGUUUGGUAUUAAAACAUCAUUUAUUUUCAGAAAGACAUAUAUUAACGCUUAAGUUAUUCUCUGACUACAGCUGACAGAUGAUGAUCUCAGCUGGCCAUCCUAUUAAAUAAAUAUAAUAUAUGUUUUAGAAAAUGGUCCACUGUGGUUAGAUAAGGCUAUAAGUGAACAUAAUACAAUAUAUCCCAAACUUAUUCUAGAAGAUUUAAUGACCAUAUCUUAUACCAUGCAAAGCAGCGUGGCUGGAUAGUGAUGUAUCUUAUAACUUUUCAAAAAGUAUGACUGCCGAUGUCAGUGGAGCAAAGAAUGGACAUGUUGCAUACUAAACUGUCUUCUUUCUUACAAUGAAAUUAUGUUUGGAAAGUUGGCAGGUUGUCAUUGAAAUAUAUGUGCAAUAUAUAAAUAUGCUAUUUCAUUUUUCCUGGUUGGCCACCUGUUUUAGCUUUCAAGCUUUUCUAAUGUAACUUUCUAGCAAGGGGUAUCAGGAAAAUCACUUAUAUAUGCCUUUUUCUUCCAUUGGUGUCUGAGUGUGGGAGAUGGUACGUCAGUAUUAUAUUUUGUUUUGUUUCUUCAUUUUCAAAUCAUUUUAAUCCUUUCCUACACAGGGAAAGCAGUAUAAUUUUGUGAUAGAUUGCCGACCUAUCCCAACGCCUUCAGUAACACAGAGGAAUGCAUUUUAUGUUGCGGGCUCUCUGGUACCAAAGGUGCUCACAAUCUAAAUUAUGCAGCCUUACACUGCAAAUCAUCUUUCACAGUACUCAUAACUGUUAGAUGUUCUUCCCUUUUAUAAGGGCAAAUAAAGUUGCAGCAGGAGGUUUUUGUGGGAAGUACUAAAAUAUUAUACUUAAACUUGAGUACCUGCCUUUCUCCCCUAUUUUGCCAUUUUAGACUAAGUAAAUCCAGAUCUGUCCUUUACCAACUCUGCUCAUGGAAGAGCAUUGCGUUUAAUGUAGUGUUCUUUUUUGGGGGGGGGGGGGCAGCACUUUUCAAAUAAUUAUAGUCAAAUACAAUUCUUUCCUAUGCCUGUUGGAGUUCAGUGAACAGAGCUAUAUACUAACCAACAUAGGAAAGAAUUGCAUUCAACUUCCAAGAGCAGUCUAUUCAUCUGUUUUGAUAAAUGUUUUAAUUUAUUAAACACUUUUUUCAGACUGCCAGGACGGAAAUUUUGUUUUUUCCAGAAUGGGAUGCAGACUAGCAUAGCAUUUUUAGAGGGGGAAGGAUUCAUCUGAAGUACAUUACUUCAUUAGCAUUUGUGGCUACUGUGGAAAGUGACUUCUGUUUGUGUAACUAGAUGCUAUAAACAUUCAGAGCAGGUAGAUCUUAACGUGACCUGUGAUUUGAUGUAAAAUUUUCUGUACAUUCGUUACGAAGUAUAAGUUUUCAGCUUUUGGUCAUUUUAAUAUCUAUAUAAGCAAGUCAGUCUCUUAAUCAAAUGUUGUGUACACACUACAUGAAAAUGUCUCAUGUAAUAUCUUAAGCAGCAAUCUGAUUUUUAUUUAUUUAUAUUUUUUUUUUUGUUUCCUUUCAAGAUAAUAAAUGAAAGUGUCUUGGUACUUGAACAUUUUUGUGUGAAGACCUGUUUUUAUAGGAUGUUGGGACUUGCAAUUGAAACUGCUUUUGUACGUUUUGCUGUAUUUCUGCACUUGUAUAGCAGAAUCCUUUCAGGGGAAAAUAGUUCUAGGAAUUUUAAUUUUUGUAUUGAACUGUUAAGAUUUUUUUUUUUUUUUUUUUUUCAUUGGUGGCUUUUAAGCGUAACAUUAGAGAACCACAUUUUUACCAUGUCUCAUGGUCUGUGUGCGUAUUGCUUUUGGUGAUACAAGAUUCUUUGAGCAGUACUUUCUCUACUAAAUUCUGUCAUGGAGUCGGUGCCACGAUGCUAUAUCAUUGCCAUCUUUUUUUUUUUUUUUUUUUUUUUUUUUUACCAAUUCUUAAAUAGAUGAUACUGCCAUAAACAGCCAAAAUGUGAUAUGCAAUUUCUAAGUGAAAAUAUCUCGUAAAUGUUUAUUUAAAAGAUCAUUCAGCCUUCCCGCUGUGCUGUAGAAGACACCUCGGUAACAGAGUAUCUAUCCUUUAGACACUCCUACCCAAUAUUUUACAUAUGCAGCUAUAAUUAAGAGCUUCUUGUAUUUUAUCGUUUUAUUUGGCCAGUUAUAUCCUGGUUGCAUCAGGACAGCUUUCCAUAAAUUAAACUUUCGAAUAAACUAAUGGUAAUAAUUAAUUCUAUAGUUAAGAAACUAUCAAAAAAUAGAAAUGCCUUGUAAGUUGUUAGAAUAUCCAAAUUCACCAUCUACAUCAUAAAAUAAGUUCAUUUUAAGGUGAACUACCCCUUUAGCCUGCAGACAAUCUUAAUAGCUUGAGCAAUUUUACCAGCAAAGGUCUAUCACAGUUUCUGCAUAUAAUUAUUACUCAAGAGUUUUACAUACCUUGGUAUAACACUGUUAAACCACUAGUUCUCCACUUCCAUAAUUCAGUGAAGAGAAAGUUCCAAUGGCUGUUGGUACUGAAGCAGUACCUGUCAGGCCACCUUCCAUGAUGUCCAUACAUGGGCCUUCAGGGGCAGGGGCAUUUUGAUUGGCUGCUUGAAAGCUGAAUUUGUUAUUCACUCUGGUUACCUAUAGUGGGCUAAUGGUCAUUUCCUAUUAGUGAGUCAUUGGGUUUUAGACAACCUGCACCAACCUCAUUUAUCUACCCAGUCUUAAUAUCUUUGGAUACACCCUCAUCUGAAGGUUGGCGUUUAUAGCUUACCUUAAAGCUUUUGUUCAACCUAAACACGCUUUAACAUUUUUUUAGUCUUCCACAAAAAGAUAACUUAAAUGAGGAGCAUUUUUUUGUCCAAAAAUCCCCAUUAUAAUACAUAUUUUAAUAUGCAUUCACCAAAUUGCUAUAAAAAGGAAGAGGAACCUUGUUAUUUAGGGGGAAACCAUUUGAACUGAACUUCACUUCCAUAUAUUUCACUAGCUCAUAAUAUAAUUUACCUACAUUUCUGGAAGCUAGCAUAUUGCCUUAGUAGAGCCACAACACCAUUUGGCUUUGCUGCCUUGAUGUGUUAUCUUGCAGAUAUUCAGAGAAAUAGUUUUUUUUGUUUGGUAGGAUUUUGCAAAAUGUGAAUAUCCCCUUUAAGCCUCUCUGCAAUAUUUAACAAACCCCACUUUUCUUUCAAGAAAUACUCUGUUAACCCUGUAAUAGUAGAACAUUUGUUAGCUGAAUAGGUCAGGUAGGUGUGGAACAAGAAAUUAUCAAUUUCUAUUCCCUUUAGUUUUCAGACCUAAAUGCAUAAUAUGUUGCAUUAUGUAAAUAUUGACAUAUAUUCUCUUGGCUAUUGCAAAUUGAGACCCCCCCCCCCCAAAUUGAAUCUUUGCUUAAGUAUUGGCCGCAUACUUUUAGUAAUUUAAUAAUAUACUGAUCUGUCUUGUUCAGCAUUAUCCUCUUCAGUAGGCUGCAGAUAUUUUUGCAAGAAAUGCAUAGACAAUAAAGGCUGUAUUAAAGUUGGGGUCUUGUCUUCUUGAUUCACAAACUAGUAUAUAAAAUAACAAUCCCAUGGACCAUCAAAUACAUUUCCCCAUAUAUUUCUUUCCAAGUUCCCUGGCUAGGGUGGCAAAGAAACAUUAUUCUGAAAUGAACUCUUAAAGGGCUCUUCUUCCCUUGUGUUUUUUUAUUUGUUUUGUUUUUAACGCAAUGCCGCUUUUAAAAUGCCAUCUUACCUGUGCUAAGGAGGCAAAUAAAUGCAUUACAUUUCAGCUUGCACUCACUUUAUGUAUUAAGAAGAAGCUAUGUUUAAUUCCUUGAGGAUCUCAAGAAAUUGAUUUGAAAUGUUUGGGUUUUUUAUGUUUUAAUAGACUUAGAUUUUUUUUUUAACGAGUUUCAUUCUGACCUUGUUUUGUACUCUGCGGGACAGAAAGAAUUUGAAUAGGUACAAGAUAUGUGUUUUAUCAGGAGGUAUAUGCAAACCAAUUGAGUUAAUAGGAUUUAAUUCUAAUUACCACGUAGGAUUCUGUAACCUUUGUGCACAUCAACUUCCUAGCUACUCUACUGAGGCUGGCCUUUUUCUGAAUUGAUGUGCAGGUAUUCACUUUUUUUCCCCUUUACUUGCUUUAUAAAGGGCAAGUGGUUCAGCUACUUUUCAGAGGAACAAACUUAUUUUACUUUUUCUUACACAUUUAAAAUGUUCCGCUUGUUGCUACAGUACUAAUCAGUUUGGUUCUCCCAAGAUAACAUGAAUUUCUUUUGUCUUUUGGUUCUUCAGAAUUUCAGCAUGUAACUUUGGUACUUUGACUGUUGUUAAUGUAAAACAUGUUCUGUCUUCUUAUGGUAUCAUGAGAAAUCCAUGUAGCUAGAUUCAGUGGUUUCACAACAAAACCGAGCUGUACGUGUAGUGUUUUUCAGAUGAAUCAUACUGUAGACCGUAGACAGAUUUAUGACAUUGUAGAAUGCUUGUCACCAGCUGCUCUUGACAUCGACUACAUAUUUGUGAGAAGUUAAGUACGAUGCAAUAAUAAGUGAAACAAUGCAAUAAUGCACAUUUUAUUCUGCUCUUUAAUAUGAACAUUUAAACAUCUUGUAAGAGGAGUGCAACAACCCAAUAUCCUUUUGUUUCCCAUAACAAAGAUUUGGGUGAGAAGUCUUUCAGAAAAUGUAAUUUUGGUCCCAUCAAGUUGUCGCCAUACAAAAACUUCUGAAAUUCUGAUGUAACUAGAAGUAACUUUCGGUCCAGAUUAACAUUACCCCUCAUUUCUUUUUGGCCAUAUUUGCAAGAUUGUUUCACACUUCAAAUAAAACUCAAACAGGAGAGUGGGCCAGUCUAAUUAAGGACUAUGUUUUUCACACAAAAUUCAUGGCACACACCCACUAUUUGCUGUGUGCUCUGGUCAAGCAUUCUCCUGAUUAUGACUUGCUGUGGCAUUGGCAACAUUAAGCUAUAAAUUGUAGUCCACUCAAGCCUUCAUUCUGUUAUUUCAAGUUCUGUUCUCAGAAAAAAGGCCCAUUUUCACACACUAAGCAAUAUUAUACUUGAUAUGGUUUGCAUAGCUGAAUCCUUUUUAAACAUUUUUUUAAAGGCACACUUACCUUAAAAAAAAAAUAUAAAUAUAUAUAUAUUUAUAUUGUUUUCUUUAUUGUGACUAUGCAUGUUCUCACUGUAUACAUGUUAAUUGUGUCUUUUGACUGUGACCUGUUACGGAACAAAUACCCCAUGGUAUUCUACCUUGAGAGUGCCACAUCAAAUGCAAACUAAUCCAGCCAAUAAGCCCUGCAGGACUAGUUCAGUGCUAUUUUCCAUACAUGGCUCUCCUUAUAUCCAGCCUUUGGAUGCACCUUUUUCAAGUGCAUAAGAAAUAUUAAGAUUGUACAAAAUUGUACAAUCAUGCGUUGUAUAACAUAGAAAAAUGGUCAGUGUGCCUUUAACAGUCAUAGUUUACAACAUGUCAUUGGCUACGAUUCCUUAACGUUGACAAAACGUAUCUUUAGCAUUUUGUACUAACUCUGAGGUUGAUGAAUGAGCAGCAGGAAAGUAACUAAAUCAGCCUUCUGAUCUUGGUUACUACUUCUGUAUUCUGAGACCACUACUCAGGAUAUUACCAUUACACUACGCUAGAGGACCUAUGGGUUAUUGUAUUUGACCCUUACACAUACAGGCAGUGUUGGGCCUGCUGCGUCUUUGCACAUAAGACUUGAAAUGCUUGCUUUUUCUGAGUCCGUGUAAUGCAGCUGGUGACAAGUAGCAUUUCUCUUAUUUUGUUUUCUCCAGCUUCUCUCAGUAUUUUGCUUUUGGUUUAGUACCAUGGUGCACCAUUGUUACAAGUACAGUUGCAUCUAAUUGUUCAGUACUCUGUAUCGGCUGUGUUGUACCUCCACGUCCCGUGGGGGCAGAUUUGUGUACAGCAUUUACAUUGCUCCAUGAUACUUAUCUGUCUUGCAGAAUAAAAAAAAAUAUUUUCUUGA